UCUGAACAACCCAAGUCUACGAGCUUCGCACCUGCAAGCUUAAUCGCUUAAAAGCAUCCUUUUGUUUUCUAUCUUUCACACACACAACCACACACACAUUCACAAUGGCUGAAUCAACCACCAUCUCCAACACGGAGAAUGUGCGUUCUUGUCUCAUUGCUACCUUGCAAGAUGUUUCUUGAACCGCAUUGCGGUUUUAAGGAAAUCUUAUACUGACUGAUGCGCUGGCAACAGCUCAUGAAGUACAUGUCCCUCGACCAGCGGGGUAACGUCCAGGCUGAGUACAUCUGGAUCGAUGCCACCGGUGGCACUCGUUCCAAGACCAGGACUCUGUCCAAGUCCCCCAAGUCCGUUGAUGAACUGCCCGAAUGGAACUUCGACGGCUCCUCCACCGGCCAGGCCCCCGGUGACAACUCCGAUGUCUACCUCCGCCCCGUUGCUAUCUACCCCGACCCCUUCCGUCUCGGUGACAACAUCCUCGUCCUUUGCGAGACCUGGGACUCCGAUGGAACCCCCAACAAGUUCAACCACCGCCACGAGGCUGCCCGUCUGAUGGAGGCCAACGCCAAGGAGGAGUUCUGGUUCGGUCUCGAACAGGAGUACACCCUCCUCGGUACCGAUGGCUGGCCCUACGGCUGGCCCAAGGGUGGUUUCCCCGGUGCCCAGGGCCCCUACUACUGUGGUGUCGGUACUGGCAAGGUCUAUUGCCGUGACAUCGUCGAGGCUCACUACCGUGCAUGCUUGUACGCUGGUAUCAAGAUCUCCGGUAUCAACGCCGAGGUCAUGCCUUCCCAAUGGGAGUACCAGGUCGGCCCUUGCCAGGGUAUUGACAUGGGUGACGAGCUCUGGAUGUCCCGCUUCCUCCUCCACCGUGUCGCAGAAGAGUUCGGCGUCAGAAUCUCCUUCGAGCCCAAGCCCAUCAAGGGUGAAUGGAACGGAGCCGGUCUCCACACCAACGUCUCGACCGCCUCCACUCGUGCUGACGGUGGCAUGAAGGCUAUUGAGUCCUACAUGAAGAAGCUCGAGGCCCGCCACGUUGAGCACAUUGCCGUUUACGGUGAGGGUAACGAGGAGCGCCUGACUGGUCGUCACGAGACCGGCAACAUCGACAAGUUCAGCUACGGUGUUGCCGACCGUGGUGGCUCCAUCCGUAUCCCCCGCCAGGUCGCCAAGGACGGCAAGGGUUACUUCGAGGACCGCCGUCCCGCCAGUAACGCCUGCCCCUACCAAAUUACUGGUAUCAUCGUGGAGACUCUUUGCGGUGGCAACUAAGUGCGUCUAGCACAUUUACUCCAAAUGUGAAAAACAUUUCAUCUUAGCGCUCGUAUACCCUCCGGCUUCGACAUGGAGUCAGAUUGCGAUGCAGCCUGGUCAUGGGAGAGCAAACUAUAGAAUUUCUCUUCUUCUUUUCUCUCUUCAUGAUGGUACUUCGGAGUUUCUUCCGAACCCUCUCUCGUGUGCCAGCGCCUGUUGAUGCAUUCGUUGUCCUGUUGCUGGUCUUGCAUGUUUCUUUCUUACCUUGGGUUAUGUGUUACGUAUGGCAUAGAGGACUGAUACUCGGAGGAGAACCGACGACGGUCUUUUUGAAAUUGAAACUGGGGAUGAAACUGGAAGGAUCAAAUAGCUUUGAGGCCGGAACCACGGUCAGUAUUAUAGUGUUCAAAUAAUCAAUCGUUACGAAUAAGCACAUCCUCAGGAUGUGAACAUG